CUACUCAGGUACCAGCAAGAAUGACUCUCAUCCUUUGUCUCCCUCUGCUGGCGCUGCUCCUGCAGCCGUCUUUAUGUCUCUACAACUGCUCAUCUCAGUAUGAGAGGAUCCCAGUCAACUCAGAUCUGAUUGUUAGCUGCGGCACCAGCAUCAUAACCCUGGCGAUCAACUUGUGCACGGCUCAGUGGGCAGGCUUUAAUCCCGCUGAUCUGGCACUCAAUGGGAACCACAACAAUUCGCUGUGCCAAGGUUCUGUUGAUGUCAGUGUAGACCCCCCCGUCAUCCGUUACCAGCUUCAAGUUAAUGACAGUCAGAAUAAUCCCUGUCGCCAGUCUCUGCAGAUUGUGGACGAGGUUCCGGACCCUGCAGGUCCCUUCACAAGCUUCUCAUCUAUCCAGUCAGUAAUCAUCACAGGAUACAUCGACACUCCCAGAGCUGACCAGGGGUUGAUCAGCUAUGCUACAGAUCUCUAUUAUCACUUUUCCUGCCGCUACCCUCUGGAGUAUCUGCUAAACAACACACAGAUUGUUGCUUCCUCAGUGUCUGUGGCAACCAGUGAUAAUAAUGGAACCUUCAUUGAUACACUCAAAAUGAAUGUGUUUAAUGGUUCUGAUUAUAGCUAUCCAUUGGUAGUACCCCCAACAGGACUUGGACUACGAACCAAGGUCUAUGUGGAGGUGAAGGCUGUUAACCUCACAGGAAACUUUCAUGUGCUACUGGAUCAGUGCUUUGCCACUCCCACAUCUUACAACAUGUCUCAAAGUGAGCAGCACAACUUUUUCAUUGGCUGUACAGUAGACCAAAAGACAACCGUGACAAGCAACGGCAUUUCCACUGCUGCCCGGUUUAACUUUGAGGCUUUCCGCUUCAUUCAGCACAGAGACUUAGCCAAGUCCAGCAUCUACCUGCACUGCAUACUAAGACUCUGUGAGCCGAGCAAAUGCCAAGUGCUGCUGUCUGCUUGUAAUGCCAGAAGAAAAAGAGCUUUGACUCCUUUUGGACAAGAAACUGUUGACUCAGCCACUGUCACAGUUGGACCUCUCUAUACUGCACGAGAAGACUCACCAAAUGCAGCUGCCUACAGUACUAACUUGGCACCAGAGAAGAAUGGCGUUGAUGUGACGGGCUUGGUGGUAGGGGUGGUAUUUGGAUCAGCUGCUGCAGCCAUGCUGGUUUUAGGUGGCUGGUUUGUCCUCAAGAAGUAUUAUUGGAUAUACUGAGAUUGAAUUUUCUCUGCUUCAUCACUUUUUAUCACAUUGUAUAUUCAGGUGUAUUUCAAAAGCAUUAAAUCUGACAAUAUUGUGAUUUCUUGGCGAUAAUCAAAUGCUCUUAGCAAAGUACCAUGGAAACCAAAUAAAUACUGUGGGAGCUUUUGUAACUUUUUCUCUUUAAACUUCUGAAUCCAGUAGUUUCCUAUCGGUUAUGAAGGAGUAAAAAAAACUGAACUGUGGAAAAACAAAUAUUGAUUAUGUAAGCUGUUAAAAUUAAACAAAUUAAUUUAGCUUUUUCUGCCUGUAUUAUGUUUGUAAACCUGCCUCCUGUAUGUUUUUUCUGCAAUCAUAUACACAGAAAUUUUGUACAGAGUUUCAGCUGUUAUAAGAAUUUUUGGGCAACUUCAAAUAUGGAGUGUCUGUCUAUAAUAAAGAUGAAUGAAAAGGAAAAUCUGAAUUUUUUUCCCCCUUGACUGUUGCAUAUUACAUAAAACUAUUAAAAAGUACUGACAAUACACAAACUAUUAUCAAAAAAACUUUACUAUUCACAGACAGAAUGUUUUUACAAAGCACAGAAAACAGACACUGACAACUACUCACCUUUUCACAAACUGAA